UUAAUACUUUUGUAGUUACAUGAACUGACAAACUAUUUUAAAAACGUUUUGUUGAUGUUUAAACAUAGAUAUCCAAUAACGCAACAAUUAAUAUAAUAGUUAUUAGUUAUUAUUUAUUAUUUGUAAGUUAUAACUAUUGAUAUUUUGAGAUAUAUAUAUAUCCGGAAGAAAAUUCAAUUUGUACUGUUAUUAGUCAUUUUCUAGUUUUUUUUUCAUUCAGCAAUAAAUAUGUUUGCUUCAAUGUUUAAAACACUCCAAAGUAAAUCUGAGGUCAAAGCUAAGAAGGAAUCAUUUGCUGUAAAAUCUGAAACAGUAAAAAUUACUUCAAAAGAUGUUAAAAACAUGUUAACUGAAUUGGAUGAAAUCAAAGAUAAUUCAGAUAAUGAUGAUAAUUGUUCCGUGACAAAAGACGAUGUUACUGAUGCUAUUGAGUCAUUGUCUAUCGUUGAUAAUCGUCCAGAACAUUUAAAUGACAAUGCUUCAAUUGAAAAUUUUGAUGACACUAAAAGUGAAGUAAGCUCUAUUGGAGAAAAUCAAAUAGAUAUUGCUACAAUUGAGGAUCUCAAUAUAAAAAAAACUGUGAAUCAAAUAAAUAAUCUUCAAUGUUUAUUUACAUGGAAUGUAAAGUCAAAAAAAAAGAAUAAUUUUAUUUUACACAUACGGAAUAAAUAUGGAGAAUACAACUUAAAUAUAUCUUCAUCUGAUUUUACAUUAGAAAGAUUUAUAGGUAAUUUAAUUAUUUCUUAUGAAUUAUUUCAUAAUGGUGAACCCGAAUUAGCCCAAAUGAAAAUAUUAGAAAUUGGGAAAUGGCUUGAAGAAUUAGAUAAAAGUACUGAUGAGUUUUAUUUAUCUAUUAAAAUUGGUCUUCAACAUAUUAUGAAGGCUACUUUCAUUCAUAUGUUAUUUGCUACAAAUCUUACUGGAGAAUGUAAAUGGUUAUUGGAUGAUAUUGUGUUAAUGUCCAUAAUGGAUUCUAAAUCAAGAGCAUCUUUAUACGCAAUACGUGCAGCUGUAUUAGUUGAAUAUGGUGGAGAUGAAAGCCAUUUAAAAAAAGCUUGUGAAUUAACAAAAAAAGCAUGUGAUUUAGACCCUAAAACUUCUCAUUGGUUUUAUAUUCGUUCACUUGCACUGACAGCUCAAAGACAUUUCUUACUGUCAUAUAAAUCAGUUCCAGCUGAAAAUGAAAUUAAUGCAAUUAAUCAAGCAAAUAUUUUGUUUGAUGGAAUAAAUAUACUUUUCAAAUAUCAUGAAAUGGUUCUAUUUAAAGAUACUACACUUGGAAAUUAUCAUAAUAAUAAAAAUAAAAAUGAUAAAAAUCUGAUAAAAAAAAAUUUACAAGACAACAAAAAAAUUGUUAAUAUGAUCAAAACCUUAAUUAGCAAGGAUCCAAAAGACCCUCUCUUGGUUGUUAACUGUGCUAGAACAUUAAUGACUCUUCCAAUUAUGGUUCGUGAUUUUAAUUUGGGAAAACAAUAUUUGACCAAAGCUUUUGAAAUGGCACCAAAUGAUUCAACUGUUUUAAACGCAAUUGAAAACACAGUUCAGGCUUAUAAAAAUAUUACAAAAAAACAGAAACCUAGAAAUAAUGAAACAAAACAAAAUCAACCACCAUUGAAGAUAAAAAUAUCAAAAUUAGAAAAUGAUUUAGGACUUAUAGUGAAAAGACAAAAAAAUGGAGAAGAUCCUAUUCCUUACCUCACUAAUUUAAUUUCUCAAUACGAUGGACUAGAUAAAUCAAAAAUUAUAGCUCAGCUAUGUUCUUAUAUAAUAUUAUUCACAAACAACCUAAGAUCGAGUGUCGAAGAGUUUAUAAAACUGAUAGAAACACCAGGAAUGGCCAAUAAUGAUAUAAUUACAAAACAUUCUUCAUUGUUUGGUUCAAAGCCAUUUAAUUUAUCAGAGCUUAUUUGUAAUGAAAUUAGAUUGACUACAAAUUUAAGUGGUACGUCUUCUGAUAAUAUGGUGUAUUAUUAUAAAAUGUUAGCUAAAAUCAUGGAAACAUGUAAUCUAAAAAUGAAAGAAGUUAACUCAUCCAUGAAGAGCAAGCUUGUUGAUUCAUAUGAUAAAUCUAAAUGUUCAAAUACAUCAGUGCAAAGUGAAACUGAAUCUUUAGAAAGCGAGAAAAAUGAUAAAAAUAUUAAAAAAAAAAAUAGAAAUAAGGUGAAGCACUUGCAAACGAAAGGUCCUAAAAUAUUUAUACAAAAAGAUAAAUUGAUUAAAGAAUCAAAAAUUACAAAUGAUAACUCUAAAAAUAGUGAAAAUAAAAAAAAACCCUCAGAAAAAGCACAAAAUAACAAACCACAGCCACAAAAUACAAAACCACAGCCAAAAAAUAAAAAACCACAGCCACAAAAUACAAAAGCAUGUGAUGUCAAUCAAAUGAAAAUUAAAAUGGAAAAAGUUCUAAAUUCUUCUAAUGGAAAAGGGGAUGGACUUAACAGUAAAUCUAAGAAUUUGACUGUGGAGAAUUUGGAAAGAAGUUUGGAAAAGAAUUCUGAAAUACAUCGUUAUACCCAACAGUUAUAUCAAAACAUUUUAGCUAGCACACAUUCACGUUUUAUUUCACCUAGUGCAUCUUCUGGUGAUCUUAAUAGCUAUUUUAAUCUAAACCAUGCAAACUUGAGCUCACCAUUUCAGAAUCUUCCAUAUACACCAUCAUUACUUAGUUUAAGACCCCAAAUAAAUCCACCGAGUCCACAGAAUCCAAAACCUAAAUCGAAAACAAAUUCUGUUCAAUUAAAUUCAAAAAAAAAAUAG